AGAAAUCCCGCCCAUAAUCCGGAACCAUGAGUUCAGACGCAGAGAUGGCGGUGUACGGGCUGGCUGCGCCCUUCCUCAGGAAAGGUGAGAAGGAGCGGAUUGCAGCCCAGAACAAGCCGUUCGACGCCAGGACCUGUGUGUUUGUAGUGGACCCUAAAGAGUCGUAUGCGAAGGGCACGCUGACCAGCAAGGAAGGAGGGAAGGCGACUGUGAAGACCGAAGGCGGACAGACUCUAACAGUGAAGGAUGACCAAACCUUCCCCAUGAAUCCACCUAAGUUCGAUAAGAUUGAAGACAUGGCCAUGAUGACUCACCUGAACGAGCCGGCCGUCCUGUAUAACCUCAAAGAACGUUACGCAGCCUGGAUGAUCUACACCUACUCUGGCCUCUUCUGUGUCACUGUCAACCCCUACAAGUGGCUCCCCGUGUACAACCCUGAGGUGGUCAAUGCCUACCGCGGCAAGAAGCGACAGGAGGCUCCACCCCACAUCUUCUCCAUCUCUGACAAUGCCUAUCAGGCCAUGCUGACUGAUCGCGAAAACCAGUCUAUCCUCAUCACUGGAGAAUCCGGUGCCGGAAAAACUGUGAACACGAAACGUGUCAUCCAGUACUUCGCAACAAUUGCCGCUGUUGGUGAUAAAAAGAAGGAAGACGCUAAUGCAAAAAGCAAGGGGACUCUGGAGGAUCAAAUCAUCCAGGCCAACCCUCUGCUGGAGGCCUUUGGUAACGCCAAGACCGUCAGGAAUGACAACUCUUCCCGCUUUGGUAAAUUCAUCAGAAUCCACUUUGCCACCAAUGGAAAGCUGGCCUCUGCUGAUAUUGAGACAUACCUGCUGGAGAAAUCCAGAGUCACCUUCCAACUGAAAGCGGAGAGAAGCUACCACAUCUUCUACCAGAUUUGUUCCAACAAGAAGCCGGAGCUAAUCGACAUGCUUCUGAUCACCACCAACCCCUAUGACUUCCCAUUCGUCAGCCAAGGGGAGAUCACCGUGGCAAGCAUUGAUGAUGCUGAUGAGCUGUUGGCCACUGAUAGCGCCAUUGACAUCUUGGGCUUCACCGCUGAGGAGAAACUUUCCAUCUACAAGCUGACCGGCGCCGUCAUGCACUAUGGAAACAUGAAGUUCAAGCAAAAGCAAAGAGAGGAGCAAGCUGAGCCGGAAGGCACAGAGGUUGCUGAUAAGGCGGCCUACCUGAUGUGUCUGAACUCUGCAGAUCUUCUGAAAGCUCUGUGCUACCCAAGGGUCAAAGUUGGGAAUGAAUACGUCACCAAAGGGCAGACUGUGCAGCAGGUCUACAACAAUGUUGGCGCCUUGGGCAAAGCAGUCUAUGAGAAGAUGUUCUUUUGGAUGGUCAUACGUAUCAAUGAGAUGUUGGACACUAAGCAGCCAAGGCAGUUCUUUAUUGGUGUCCUGGAUAUUGCUGGAUUUGAAAUCUUUGAUUACAACAGCUUGGAGCAGCUUUGUAUCAACUUCACCAAUGAGAAACUACAACAGUUUUUCAACCACCACAUGUUCGUGCUGGAGCAAGAGGAGUACAAGAAGGAAGGCAUCGAGUGGGAAUUCAUUGACUUCGGCAUGGACUUGGCCGCCUGCAUUGAGCUCAUUGAGAAGCCAAUGGGCAUCUUCUCCAUCCUGGAAGAGGAGUGCAUGUUCCCCAAGGCAACAGACACUUCCUUCAAGAACAAGCUGUACGACCAACAUCUGGGCAAGUCCAACAACUUCCAGAAACCCAAACCAGCCAAAGGCAAAGCUGAGGCUCACUUCUCAUUGGUCCACUAUGCCGGAACUGUGGACUACAACAUCUCUGGCUGGCUUGACAAGAACAAGGACCCGCUGAACGAGACAGUCAUUGGGCUCUACCAAAAAUCUUCCAUGAAGACCUUGGCCAACCUUUUCUCCAGCUAUUCAGCAACUGACGCAGAGGGAGGUGCAAAGAAGGGCGGCAAGAAGAAGGGUUCCUCUUUCCAAACCGUGUCUGCUCUCUUCAGGGAAAAUUUAAAUAAAUUGAUGAGCAAUCUUAGGACAACUCACCCUCACUUUGUACGAUGCCUCAUUCCCAAUGAGACCAAAACACCAGGUGCCAUGGAACAUCAUCUGGUCCUGCAUCAGCUGAGGUGCAAUGGAGUACUGGAGGGCAUCAGGAUUUGCAGAAAAGGUUUCCCAAGCAGAAUCGCUUACGCCGACUUCAAACAGAGAUACAAAAUCUUAAAUGCAAGUGCUAUUCCAGAAGGUCAGUUUAUCGACAGUAAGAAGGCUUCUGAGAAGCUUCUUGGAUCCAUUGAUGUUGACCACACACAAUACAGAUUCGGCCAUACCAAGGUGUUUUUCAAAGCUGGUCUUUUGGGUACCCUGGAAGAAAUGAGAGACGAUCGGUUGGUCCACGUCAUCACACGCACUCAAGCUUUGUUCAGAGGAUAUCUGAUGAGGGUGGAGUUCAAGAAGAUGAUGCAAAGGAGGGAAGCUUUGUUCACUAUUCAGUACAACAUCCGAUCAUUCAUGAAUGUCAAACACUGGCCAUGGAUGAAGCUUUACUUCAAGAUCAAGCCUCUUCUGAAGAGUGCCGAAUCUGAAAAGGAAUUUGCCAACAUGAAGGAAGAGUUUGAGAAGACCAAGGAGGCUCUGGCUAAGUCAGAUGCAAGGAGGAAGGAGCUUGAAGAGAAGAUGGUCAAAGUUCUCCAAGAGAAGAACGACCUUCAUCUUCAAGUCCAGUCUGAAUCUGAGAAUUUAACAGACGCAGAGGAGAGAUGUGAUCAGCUGAUCAAAAGUAAGAUCCAAUUAGAGGCCAAGAUUAAGGAGCUGAACGAGAGGCUGGAGGACGAGGAGGAAUCAAAUGCUGAGCUGACGGCCAAGAAGAGGAAACUGGAGGACGAGUGUUCCGAACUGAAGAAGGACAUCGAUGACUUGGAGCUGACACUGGCUAAAGUUGAGAAGGAGAAGCAUGCCACAGAAAACAAGGUAAAAAACCUCACAGAGGAGAUGGCCGUUCUGGAUGAGAACAUUGCCAGACUUACCAAGGAAAAGAAAGCCCUUCAAGAAGCUCACCAGCAAACUCUUGAUGACCUCCAAUCUGAAGAGGACAAAGUCAACACAUUGACCAAGGCCAAAGCCAAGCUCGAGCAGCAAGUUGACGAUCUUGAAGGCUCUCUGGAACAAGAGAAGAAGUUGCGCAUGGAUCUUGAAAGAUCCAAGAGGAAACUUGAGGGUGAUCUCAAAUUAGCUCAGGAGACCAUCAUGGACCUAGAAAAUGAUAGGCAACAACUGGAUGAGAAGUUGAAAAAGAAAGACUUUGAGAUAAGCCAGUUUGGUAGCAGAAUUGAGGACGAGCAGGCCCUUGGUGCCCAGUUGCAGAAGAAGAUCAAAGAGCUUCAGGCCCGCAUUGAGGAGCUGGAAGAAGAAAUUGAGUCAGAACGGGCGGCCCGUGCCAAGGCUGAGAAGCAAAGAUCUGAUCUCUCCCGGGAACUUGAUGAGAUUAGCGAACGUCUGGAGGAAGCCGGUGGGGCAACAUCUCUUCAGAUUGAGAUGAACAAGAAACGGGAGGCGGAAUUCCAGAAGAUGAGACGAGACCUGGAGGAGGCCACCUUGCAGCACGAAGCCACCGCUGCAGCUCUCAGGAAGAAGCACGCUGACAGUUCUGCAGAAGUUGGGGAACAGAUUGACAACCUUCAACGUGUCAAACAGAAAUUAGAGAAGGAGAAGAGUGAACUGAGGAUGGAACUUGAUGACCUCGCAAGCAACUUGGAAACAGUUACUAAAUCCAAGGCCAAUUAUGAGAAGAUCUCCCGAACGCUGGAAGAUCAGUUGAGCGAGCUGAAGACAAAAGAAGAGGAACACCAGAGGCAAAUUAAUGAUAUCAAUGCUCAAAGAGCCCGUCUGCAAACUGAAAAUGGUGAAUAUUCUCGACAACUGGAAGAAAGAGAUUCUCUGAUAUCUCAGCUCUCUCGCGGCAAGCAGGCUUUCACCCAGCAACUUGAGGAGCUGAAGAGACAACUGGAGGAGGAGACAAAGGCCAAGAAUGCCCUGGCACACAGCUUGCAGUCUUCACGCCAUGACUGUGACCUUUUGAGGGAGCAAUAUGAAGAGGAGCAGGAGGCCAAGUCUGAGCUUCAGCGCUCACUGUCCAAGGCCAACGGCGAAGUUGCUCAAUGGAGAACAAAAUAUGAGACAGAUGCCAUUCAGCGCACAGAGGAGCUUGAGGAAGCCAAGAAGAAGUUGGCCCAGAGACUACAGGACGCUGAGGAGCAGAUUGAGGCAGUGAAUUCCAAGUGUGCUUCAUUGGAGAAGACCAAACAGAGGCUUCAGAAUGAAGUUGAGGAUCUCAUGGUUGAUGUGGAGAGAUCCAAUGCCGCCUGCGCUGCCCUGGACAAGAAGCAGAAGAACUUUGAUAAGAUCUUGGCUGACUGGAAGCAGAAAUACGAGGAGGCCCAAGCUGAACUAGAAGCUACUUUGAAAGAAACCCGAUCACUCAGUACUGAGCUCUUUAAGAUGAAGAAUGCUUAUGAAGAGUCCAUUGACCAGCUCGAGACCAUCAAGCGGGAGAACAAGAAUUUGCAACAGGAGAUUUCCGACCUCACUGAGCAAGUGUCAGAAAGUUCCAAGACUCUGCAUGAAGUAGAAAAGGCCAAGAAGCAAAUUGAACAGGAGAGGAAUGAAAUCCAUACUGCUCUGGAGGAGGCAGAGGCGUCCCUUGAACACGAGGAAGGGAAGAUCCUCAGAAUCCAGCUGGAGCUUACACAAGUCAAAUCAGAAAUUGACAGGAGGAUUGCUGAGAAGGAUGAAGAAAUUGACCAGAUGAAGAGGAACCAUGUGCGGGUGGUGGAAACCAUGCAGAGCAGCCUGGAUGCUGAAAUCAGAAGUAGAAAUGACGCUCUGAGGGUGAAGAAGAAAAUGGAAGGAGAUUUAAAUGAAAUGGAAAUCCAGUUGAGUCAUGCCAACCGCCAAGCUGCCGAAUCUCAGAAGCAGCUGAGAAAUGUCCAAGGAUUGCUUAAGGAUGUCCAAAUCCACUUGGAUGAUUCCUUGAGGACCAAUGACGAUCUUAAAGAGCAGUUGGCCAUGGUUGAGCGCAGAGCCAACCUGAUGCAGGCAGAGGUUGAAGAAAUAAGAGCAGCUCUGGAGCAGACUGAGCGGAGCAGGAAGGUGGCCGAGCAAGAGUUGUUGGAUGCAAGCGAACGUGUCCAACUUCUGCACUCACAGAACACAAGUUUGAUUAACACUAAGAAGAAGCAUGAGGCUGACAUUGCUCAGCUCCAGAGUGAGGUUGAGGAAGCCAUUCAAGAAGCUCGCAAUGCAGAAGAAAAGGCCAAGAAGGCCAUUACUGAUGCUGCCAUGAUGGCUGAAGAGCUAAAGAAGGAGCAGGACACCAGCGCUCACCUUGAGAGGAUGAAGAAGAACCUUGACCAGACUGUGAAGGACCUUCAACUUCGCUUGGAUGAAGCUGAACAACUGGCUCUUAAAGGGGGAAAGAAGCAGAUCCAGAAACUGGAGGCCAGGGUGAGGGAACUUGAAAAUGAACUGGAUUCAGAACAGAAACGCUGCGCUGAUGCCAUAAAGGGUGUCCGUAAAUAUGAGAGGCGGGUCAAGGAGCUCUCAUACCAGGCUGAAGAAGAUAAGAAGAACGUUUUCAGGCUCCAGGAUCUGGUUGACAAACUACAACUGAAAGUCAAAGCUUACAAGAGACAGACUGAGGAAAUUGAGGAGCAAUCCAAUGCUAACCUGUCCAAGUACCGCAAGAUCCAGCAUGAGCUGGAGGAGGCCGAAGAACGUGCCGACGUUGCCGAGUCCCAGGUCAACAAGCUUCGGGUUAAAACACGAGAUGUCAAGAUCAGCAAGAGCGAGGAAUGAGGGAGUGACUGAGCCUCAAGGUGAACAAAGACAAGCACAUAAUGUGAAAUCUUUCUCACUUUAUCAAUAAAUGAUGUUGUCUUAAAUUUACAGUGUUAAUAAACCUUAGACGUUUGCAAAAGC